UGGCCAGCCUACUGGAAAGCAGAGUAACUGUCCAGGGAUACCCACUGGACAACAAUAGGAGUACACAUUUUGGAGCCAGCCAGACCUGGGUUCAGAUCUCAGCACUGCCAUUUCCUAGCUGUGUACCCUUGGACAAACCAUUUAGCCUUGGAGAAGCUCAAUUCCCUGGUCUGUAAACAAACUGCUACUUACCAUAUAGUAGAGAGGUUUGAAACAUAAAUACCAAAACAGAGUAGGCACCAAUGCUGGUAAUUGUCAUUUCUGUAAACCCCGAGGCAGUAUAAAGAGCUCUGGAGAUGUGAGCGAAGUCCCAGUUGCUUCAAACUCCUGAACAAAUCUCCUUGGUCCAGGAAGCAUCCUUGAAGGUAUUGACACCAAGACCAGACAGCCUGCCUCCCACAAUUGGAGCAUUAAAUUUACAUCUCACAUUGCUCAUAAGAAUAUUUGAGGCCGUAUAGCUCAAGGAAGAACCCAGGAGCUCUCCCCGUCUUUGCUUCUCUAUUUCCAUCUCUGUUCUCCAUAUCAAGUCCAUCUCUGAUCCGGCCACUUAUUUCCAUGAGAAUUAAAAUAUUAAACCUGGCUAAGGGCCCUGUUCCAUUUGGUCUUUCAUUCCUCUCCGGUGCCUGGAGUCCAUCCUGAAGCUCAGCAGAUGGGGGGUUAAGACCGCUGCCCUGUCCUAUCUCCUCCCCUCUCCAUUCCUGACUUCAAAGUCUCCAUAAAGCCCGCUGUUGCUUCCCUGACCCCGUCGUGGCAGCUUCAUCAUCGGCUCUUGGCCAGUUCAAAACGGACGCUGAGCCCUGGCCCGGCUGCUCAGUCCACGUCCAGGCCACCUCCUGCGGGCUGGGCUGAAGCCUAGGAACCCUGCUGCCAACAUCUGGGGGCAGGACCAUGUCCGCCAACAAAGGCUGGUGGGUGCCACCCGAAGGGGAAGACAGCGUGUCUGAGAAGUUCCUGAGGAAGACCAGGGAGUCUCCACUGGUGCCUAUAGGCUUAGGAGGCUGCCUAGUGGUGGCAGCCUACAGGAUUUACCGGCUGAAGGCUCGCGGUUCCACCAAGAUGUCCAUACACCUGAUUCAUACCCGAGUGGCAGCGCAGGCCUGUGCUGUGGGUGCCAUCAUGCUAGGUGCUGUGUACACAAUGUACAGAGACUAUAUCAAGAGAGCAACACAGGAUGCGGGGGAGAAGUAGGUUUCUACAGCCAAGGGCAGUCAGACCCUCUCACAGCAAUCCCUGGUAUGUUCCUAAUAAAGGAAUUGUGCAGAAAAUUGACAGUCUCUUCUUCACCUGGGAUAGGAGAUGAAGGGAUUGGCAGUGGCUGGUGGGGGAGCUUAGAGCAAAGGGUUGGAGAUCAGAGUUGUGGCUCUGAACUUCAGGGCAACAGAAACUCUCAGUGGGGCAGACAGAGAGGUGCAGCAGACCUCCGAUCCCAGAAACCCAACAAUUCCCAAGCCAGCUCAGGCCCACCUGGAAAAGCAUGGU